GGCGGUUGUUGACAGUGUUUCUUAGCUCUUCGUUGAAUUGGGUGCUUGGAGGUCCUUCGGCGGGGUCGCGGAGGCUUUCGGGACGGAGACCCCCUAGUGCGGCUGGGAGAUGGAUAUCCUCAAGUCGGAGAUCUCUCGGAAGCGGCAGCUGUUGGAGGACAAGAAGCUACUGGGGGAAAGUAAGAGAUAUUUCAAGCGUAGUGAACUUGCCAAAAAAGAAGAGGAGGCUUACUUUGAAAGAUGUGGCUACAAGGUACAGCCAAAAGAAGAGGAUCAGAAACCGUUAACUUCAUCCAAUCCAGUAUUAGAACUAGAACUGGCAGAGGAAAAAUUGCCCAUGACUCUCUCAAGGCAAGAGGUCAUUAGGCGAUUGAGGGAAAGGGGAGAACCAGUUAGAUUGUUUGGAGAAACGGAUUAUGAUGCAUUUCAGCGUUUAAGAAAGAUUGAGAUUCUCACACCGGAGGUUAACAAGGGUUUGAGGAAUGACUUGAAGGCAGCUUUGGAUAAGAUUGAUCAACAAUACCUUAAUGAAAUUGUUGGUGGUCAGGAACCUGGAGAAGAGGACACACAGAAUGAUCUGAAAGUCCAUGAAGAAAACACCACUAUUGAAGAAUUAGAGGCAUUGGGAGAGUCCUUAGGAAAGGGGGAUGAUCAUAAAGACAUGGACAUCAUAACCAAAUUUCUUAAGUUUCUCCUUGGAGUUUGGGCUAAAGAACUCAAUGCCAGAGAAGAUUAUGUAAAACGCAGUGUGCAGGGCAAACUGAACAGUGCCACUCAAAAGCAGACGGAAUCAUAUUUGAGACCGCUUUUCAGAAAACUACGAAAAAGGACUCUACCUGCCGACAUUAAAGAAUCAAUAACAGACAUUAUUAAAUUCAUGUUGCAGAGAGAAUAUGUGAAGGCCAAUGAUGCUUAUCUUCAGAUGGCCAUUGGAAAUGCUCCGUGGCCUAUUGGGGUCACUAUGGUUGGUAUCCAUGCCAGAACUGGUCGAGAAAAGAUUUUUUCCAAGCAUGUUGCACAUGUUCUAAAUGAUGAGACACAAAGAAAAUAUAUUCAGGGUUUGAAAAGAUUAAUGACCAUUUGUCAGAAGCACUUCUCAACAGACCCAUCAAAAUGCGUGGAGUACAAUGCACUAUGACAACUCUUCUCUAUAGGGCUAUCGAGCAAUAAGAAACUUAAGACCUGUGGCCUGUUGGGGAACUGCUACCAGGAAUGGAGGAGAGAGAAAGAAUCAAAUUUUGGGAGCAGCUGUUUUCUACCAAAUUCAUUUCUUUGUUUUUUUAGAAAACUCUUUUUGGUUCUUGCAUCAAAUAUGACAGCAGACUGUUGAUUGUUGAAUCAUGUUUUGAUUUUCAACAGUCUGAGUCAAGCACCACGGCCUAUUUCCUGAUGCUUUACGGACAUAGCAAUCCUCGAGGGAUUCCUAUUGGACAUUUUCCUAUUAGGUGUGGAAGUUGUUGGUAAAUAAUUAGAGGAAAACAUUUGUGGUUGACUUGUAAUUAUUUCUGUAAGAUAUUAUAAUAUUCAUGUUAUAAUUAUAUUGAUUUUAUAGAGAAAAGCUUUUCUUCUUCAACAGCUACCCAAAAAAUACAAUAUCCCUUGGUUACAUUUGAA